CCCAAGUGUCCCUCUUUAUUCCCUGUCUGCCACUUCUGAUAGAUACAGUCUGAGGAGUUUGUUCAGUUCUACUCAACGAGUCUGCCUUCCGCGGUCCAUCGUGGCCAAACAUCACAGCGAUCACAGCCAACACCAUAGAAAGUGUGCUGAGCAUUGUCCUGGCUGCUCAAUAAGUGAUAAUUCAUUUGCCCUUCACAACAACCCUAUGAGAUAAAUGCUGUUAUUAUCCCACGUUACAGAUGAGCACACUGAGGCCCUGAGGGGUAAGGCAACUUGCUCACCAUAACACAGCUAGUUGAUGGUGGCGUCCGUUUACAAAUCCAGGCAGCCUGGGUUCAGAUUUGGUGCCCUUCAUCACUGGGCAACACUGACUCUGCCACUCGUCCCUGAUUCUGCCAUGCUCUGUGCUGCGUACAUGCAGAUACAUUUUCACAUGAUCUUCUCACCACCUGGGUGUCGCUAUUGCACUUUCAUGGGACACAUGCCCAAGUGAGUGUAGGAGCAAGACAAAUGUUAUGUCCUCAUUUAACAGAAAUUUACAGAGCAUCUAAUAGGCUCUGUGCUCAGUGCUACAGAUACAACAAUGAGAGCAGACAUGGUCUCUACUCUCAUGAAGCUCUCAAUGGGGGAGACGAAUAUUAAUCAAAUGAGUCCACAGAUAAAGACGUCAUUUCAAAAUUGGGUAAGAAGGCAGAACAUCAGGAGCCGGUACAGGGAAUCUGAUCUAGCUGGGGGUGAUGUGGGAAUGUGCAGGGGGCUUUUCUCCCAGAGGAAGGAGUGUCUGAGCUAAGAUGGGACCCCCUGAAGGGAAGCCACAUGUUAAAGGGUGUGGAUUGGGGAGCAGGCAUGGAAAAGUAUUCCCAGCAAAGGAACGGUGUGUGCACAAGCCUCGUGGAGGAGGAAGCAAGGUGGAAUUGUGGCUUGUGAGCUAGGCCAGUGAGGCUAGGAUGCCAGGGGCCACCAGAGGGGGGGGGGGUGCAAGGGAAUGCUUUGAAAUGAUGCAGAAAAGACAAGAAAUUGUGGUUCAUCUGGUCCUCAAGCAAUGUUUUAAAUCUCACUGUUGUACUGACCAUACUGGCAUACGUAGCAGGUUCUUAGUAGCAAAUGUUGCUUUCCUCAUUUCAUGAAACAGUUGGUAGAAGCACAUUUUUGCCAUCUCAGAAACGCAGUUUGUGUUGCAGACAGACAUAAUUUCAAAUGUCCCUGUGCUUUACUGUCAUAAACAUAUUCAAUCACGGCCCUAUUUGCAGAGCAGAUAAUGCAGGUGAAAACCCUGCAAACAGUGCAGUGCUUUACACACGCCCGCGUUAUUAUCCUUAAUAAUGGGGCUCAUUUGGGAUGAUGCAUGUGCCUCUUGCAGGAGUUAAUAUAUGUAAAGUGUUCAAAACGGUGCCUGGUUCGUGGUAAACAACGGCAUAAGUGUUAACUGUGGUUUUUACUGUUAUGCCUCUCUUUUCUCUCUCCCCAGGCUUGGUCUAGGGAGGAUCUGUGCUUCACAAAACUGUUUUAUGUGUCCGUGUCUCUCUUUCAGGCCAGAACAAAAUCUGCUUCAUCCCAGGCAUGGUGGGACCUAUAUUAGAGAUGACACUUAUCCCUGAGGCUGAGCUCCGGAAAGCCACCAUACCAAUCUUCUUCGACAUGAUGCUGUGUGAAUAUCAAAGAAGUGGGGAUUUCAAAAAGUUUGAGAACGAAAUCAUCCUGAAGCUGGACCACGAGGUGGAGGGCGGCCGCGGGGACGAGCAGUACAUGCAGCUGCUGGAAGCCAUCCUGAUGGAGUGUGCCGGGGAGCACCCGACCAUCGCCACGUCGGUGGAGAACUUCGUGAACCUGGUCAAAGGCCUCCUGGAGAAGCUUCUGGAUUACCGGGGCGUGAUGACCGACGAGAGCAAAGACAACCGCAUGAGCUGCACCGUGAACCUGCUGAAUUUCUACAAAGAUAACAACAGGGAGGAGAUGUACAUAAGAUACCUGUACAAACUCCGAGAUCUGCACCUGGACUGUGACAAUUACACAGAGGCCGCCUAUACGCUCCUUCUUCACACCUGGCUGCUCAAGUGGUCAGACGAGCAGUGCGCGUCACAGGUCAUGCAGACGGGCCAGCAGCACCCCCAGACCCACCGGCAGCUGAAGGAGACGCUGUACGAGACCAUCAUAGGCUACUUUGACAAAGGAAAGAUGUGGGAAGAGGCCAUCAGCCUGUGCAAGGAGCUGGCGGAGCAGUACGAGAUGGAGGUCUUCGACUACGAGCUGCUCAGCCAGAACCUGAUCCAACAGGCCAAAUUCUAUGAAAACAUCAUGAAAAUCCUCAGGCCCAAACCGGACUACUUUGCUGUCGGAUACUAUGGCCAGGGAUUCCCCUCCUUCCUGCGGAACAAAGUGUUCAUCUACCGCGGGAAGGAGUAUGAGCGGAGAGAAGAUUUCCAGAUGCAGCUGAUGAGCCAGUUCCCCAAUGCAGAGAAGAUGAACACGACCUCUGCCCCUGGCGAUGCCGUGAAGAGCGCCCCAGGCCAGUACAUCCAGUGUUUCACUGUCCAGCCAGUCCUGGACGAACACCCCAGGUUGAAGAAUAAGCCAGUGCCCGACCAGAUCAUAAACUUUUACAAAUCCAACCACGUGCAAAGAUUCCACUACUCCCGGCCUGUACGCAGGGGGACCGUAGACCCCGAGAAUGAGUUUGCUUCGAUGUGGAUCGAGAGAACCUCCUUCGUGACUGCGUACAAGCUUCCGGGGAUCCUGCGCUGGUUCGAGGUGGUGCACAUGUCCCAGACCACAAUCAGUCCUCUGGAGAACGCCAUCGAGACCAUGUCCACGGUCAACGAGAAGAUCUUGAUGAUGAUCAACCAGUACCAGGGCGACGAGAGCCUCCCCAUCAACCCGCUGUCCAUGCUCCUGAACGGCAUCGUGGACCCGGCCGUCAUGGGAGGCUUUGCCAAGUAUGAGAAGGCCUUCUUCACUGAAGAGUACAUCAGGGACCACCCUGAGGACCAGGACAAGCUGAACCGCCUCAAGGACCUGAUUGCGUGGCAGAUCCCCUUCCUGGGGGCCGGGAUUAAGAUCCAUGAGAAAAGGGUGUCGGAAAACCUGCGUCCGUUCCAUGACCGGAUGGAGGAGUGCUUCAAGAGCCUGAAAGUGAAGGUGGAGAAGGAGUAUGGCGUCAGGGAGAUGCCCGACUUCGACGACAGGAGGGUGGGCCGCCCCCGGUCCAUGCUGCGCUCCUACAGGCAGAUGUCCAUCAUCUCGCUGGCUUCCAUGAACUCCGACUGCAGCACCCCCAGCAAGACCACCUCCGAGAGCUUCGACCUGGAGCUGGCACCGCCCAGGACCCCGAGAGCGGAGCCGGAGGAGCCCAUCUCCCCGGGGAGCACGCUGCCCGAGGUCAAGCUGCGCCGGUCUAAGAAGCGGACGAAGAGGAGCAGCGUGGUGUUCGCCGACGAGAAGUCAGCGGCCGAGUCGGACCUGAAGCGGCUUUCCAGGAAGCACGAGUUCAUGAGUGACACCAACCUGUCGGAGCAUGCGGCCGUCCCCCCGAAGGCGUCCGUGCUCUCUCAGAUGAGCUUUGCCAGCCAGUCCAUGCCCACCAUCCCAGCGCUCACGCUCUCGGUGGCCGGCAUGCCCGGGCUGGACGGGGCCAGCACGUCCCCCCGCCUCAGCCAGACCUUCCUCCACCUCUCCGACGGCGACAAGAAGACGCUCAAACGGAAGAAGGUCAAUCAGUUCUUCAAGACGAUGCUGGCCAGCAAGUCACCGGAAGAAGGCAAGCAGCUCUCGGACGCGCUGUCCACGGACCUGUGAGACGCGGCUGACCAGGACAGCGAGGGGCAGCCAGGGAGGGAAGCUUCCAGAAGAGCAGACACCGAGGCCUCAGGGAGGGGAGGCUGUCCUCAUCAGUCGUCCUCACCCAGAGGAGACGGAGGGGCCGACUGGGUCCCAGAGCUCGAGUGGUGACGAGCCCAGUGUCACGGGUGGGGGGAGGGGCGGCUGGUGGAUUCUUGGACCUUGAGGGACCGGCCAGGGCACCUUCUCUCAAUCUGCCCCCCAGCAGCCUAGGCACGGCUUGUUACAGCCCGGUUUCCUAGGUAUCAGGAGCUGUGCUUUCGUUCCAUUUACUAAGUUCCAGAAUUUAACAGAAAAGAAAAGCCUUUUAAAUAUUCUUUUUUAUUUUAUUUUAGGUUAACAGUUUUGUACUCUACAUUUUUAAAUGCGACCAACCUGGUCUCUUUUCUAGCUGUUAAUGUCUGAGGUGUUGCUGUUUCUUACUGACAAUAAAAAGUGGUUUGCUCAAA